CCGGUGUGAGGUUAGAAACCCGUGCCGAGUAGGGAAAAAGUAGUUCGAGAGCGUGGAAAACCGCAGCGCGAAAAGAUCCACACCAGACAGGAUUCAAAAUCCUUCUGCGGAAGCACUCGGGGUUUUCAAAAGGCCUGGGUGACAAAAUCUAGCGAGGAUUUUUCAUGGCUGCUUUCUGCUCGGCGACUCGGGUGGUUCCUCGUUCCUUCCUUCGAUUCCCGGCGGUGCGUGGCUUCCGGAUGUCUUCCGCACGAGAGCAAUCGGAGAAGGUUUUGGAAGAAAUGAAGGAGAAAAACCCUUACUUCGACAAGUACGCCAGCAAAAUCGCUGCUGUCCAGCAGCGAUCGCCGGAAGAAUUUCUUUCCCGCCUGGACCAGGUCGAGAAGGAACAAAAGAAACCAAAGUUCGGAGCACCGGAAGUUGACCGUGAUUAUUCCGAGCUGCUCCAACCGAAGGCCCCUCUAGCGACAGAAGCAACCCGCGACGGUUCCCAACGGAAGCUGAGUGAUAUCAUGCGUUUGGAGCUGGUGGAGGAUAAGUCGGCCGAUGAUAUCAAACAUUUGUGGCUGGAGUAUCACAAGCAUAAGGAAAUGAUCACAGCGGUCAUCCCCGUGGACCAGCACAGUCUCAUGAUGCAGCGUGCGAAACAGCAUCCGAUUUUCAUUCUCCCGAUUCCGCGCAGUCAAGGAUACGAAUUCAUCAUGCUCCAGUUUGCUGCAAACACAAUCCAUUUUACACCGUUAUUGAAUUACCAGGUUCAUAAGGAGAACGCACCGGAAUGUUUAAACAUCACUUUCUACACAGAGUGUACCGAUAAAGGCGUCGUUUUAAUGCGAGGAGAGUACGACACGAAGGUAAUAAAUGCUCAGGAAGCACAAUGCCUCGCUAAUCAGGUGCAGCUGUACUACAGCCAGAACAACGAAAAGAAGCUGCGACUGCUGGAAACGUUUAGCCGCCAACCGGAGAAAUUCAAACACAUGGAUAUCAUCGAAGAAUUGAACAAUCUUCAAAUUUAAACUCACUCUAUCGUGUAUGCAAGCAUAUACUGGGGCGAAUGUGAUUAGAGGAAGCUUAAAAUUAGAUUAGAGGAAACUUAAAAUAGAUCGUCAGAAAAUGUGGA